AUGCAACGAUUUCGACCUUCCUUGACAAACAAGCUCCUGGCGAGCCGCGCAUCGCGCAGGCCACUUUCAGCAGGCAGGACUUCCACUCCCGCGCACCUUGACUUCCGGGCCUUUGUGGACACUUUGCGAGAGGAUAAUGACUUAGCCGACAUCACUUCUGAAGUCGAUCCCAAACUCGAAGUCGCAGCUGCCAUUCGGCUGGCAUAUGAACUACGUUCCAAGGCUCCGUUGUUCCACAAUGCGAAGGGCGCAAAAGAAGGCCUCUUUCGCAUCCUCGGUGCGCCAGCUGGUUUCUCCAGUGACCCUGAAUAUCCUUACCGACGUCUUGCGCAGCAUCUCGCACUUCCAAAAGACUCUGGCGUCACAGAUGUCAUCGACAAGAUGCUGUCGGCAAAGGGACAAAGGCCACUGCCUCCAGUUCAUGUGUCUACUGGGCCGUGCAAAGAAAACAUCAUCAUGGGUGAUGAUGUCGAUCUCACCAAGUUACCUGCUCCUCUUUUGAACAAGGCCGAUGGGGGGAACUACAUCCAGACAUUGGGGAUUAACGUCAUACCCCAUCCAACAGAGCCAUGGACAAAUUGGUCCAUCGCACGCGCGAUGGUUUAUGAUAAGACGCGCAUGGUCGGGCUCAUUAUGAAGCCACAGCAUAUCGCCAGAAUCUUUGAACAAUGGAAAAAGACCGGCAAAGACGUCCCGUAUGCCAUCGCUUUGGGAGCCCCGCCUAUAGCAACCAUGGCGGCCAGUAUGCCCCUACCAGCUGGUGUUUCGGAGUCCGAAUAUGUCGGGGCACUCUGUGGUUCACCAUUAGAGCUGGUCAAGUGCGAAACCAACGACAUGUACGUACCCGCGACUAGCGAGAUCGUGUUAGAGGGGACUAUUUCUAUCACAGAUACUGCCAAAGAGGGUCCAUUCGGCGAGAUGCAUGGCUACAGCUUUCUCGAUGAAAACUCUCAGCAGCCUCUAUAUACUGUCAAAGCAAUCACCCAUCGGAACAACCCAAUUCUACCAGUUUGUGUACCUGGACGCGCAAACCUGGGUCCAGAUGAGACGCAUACCAUGAUUGGAACGCUUGCCUCUGCUGAGAUACGGCACUUGCUCCAGCAGCACAAUUUGCCAGUGACCCAAGUCUUUGCCUUGUUCGAGACGCAGGUUAUCUGGGCAGCUGUGCAGGUAGACCGCAAGAAGCUAGCCGAAAUGAAAACGAACGCCAAGGACUUCUGCACCAAGAUAGGAGACCUUGUGUUCCGCACCAAGUGCGGUAUGCAGAUCCACCGCUUGCUUGUUGUAGGGGAGGAUAUCAAUCCAUUCGACAUGAAUGAUGUUACUUGGGCUUUUGCAACGAGAUGUAGACCAGCGAUGGAUGAGUUCCAUUUUGAGGAUGUACCUGCCUACCCACUCGUGCCGUAUAUGUCGCACGGACCUGGGACAAAGCUCACGGGAGGAAAGGUCGUGGCCAAUUGCUUGUUGCCAGAAGAGUAUGAAGGGAAGCAAGGCUGGGUGACUUGUGAUUUUGAGAACGGAUACCCUGAAGAUGUCAAGAAGAGAAUCUUGAGCAGACGUCAGGACUUUGGUAUAUAA